AUGCUGGGAUUUCAGCGACCGGCGUCUGCACUCGACUUAUCGAUAGAAACAACUUUCCUUGGGUCGGCUCUGGACGCUGAUGACGAUCCCUCGUCAUCACCAUCUAAUCAUCAAGAAACCCCAAAAGAUAAUCUGUUCGCGGAAGCCAGCUUUCCCUCCGAGGCACGAUUAAGUGGGUUUCAAAUACCACAACGCCACGGCUUGUUUGAAGAUCGCAACAGAGAGAUAGUCAGCGUGCCUAUAUCAACAGCACUCAUACAGCCAAAUCGCGACUUGUCGAUCCAGAUACCCAAGGAGCCUUUCAAUAUCCCGACGUCCCUAUCUGAAUACUUCUUCCGCGAAGUUAUCACGCUCUAUUGCGCGUGGGAUAGCAAAUCCAACGUCAUGCGCAACAUCAUCGAGACCUCGUGGCAAUCUUCCGGGGCUCUCUACCACACUAUUCAAAGCAUGUCAGCAGCUUGUCUAUCAGAAGACUUUCCACACCUUCUACCUAUUGCGCGCCGCGAGCACGCACAAGCCCUCGAGCUGCUCCGCCAGGACUCUCCACCAACGCACAAGCAAGCUAUGCUGCUCGCCUCUCAACUAUUGGGUCACACGUCCAGCUGGCUCACUCCACAGAACCUCGCCACAGACAUGUUCAGGACGAGCUGCGACAUCCUGCAAGACAUCAUGCUUGAAACGGGCAGAGACGCUACCAUCUCGUUUCUCGGCGACACUAUGGACUAUUGGGCAAUGCUGCUAGCCUACCUAACAGACAGCCAUCAGCUGGGCAGUUACGAUCAAAACUCUUCGUUUGGGCCGGUAGCGUCUGCCAAAUCGGACGAACCGCAUCCGUAUUCUGGUAUCUCUCGUGACACGGUCAAAAUACUUGCCGAUAUUGGCGUUCUCGUCUUCCAAUACCGAAAGCGCAUCUCCAAAGUCAAAUUCCUCACCGAGAAUGAUAUCGAUGUGUUUAGAACCGCACUCAGGGAUGCACGUAAACUCGAACGUGUACUUCUAGCCCAUCGCUCACCCGACCUAUCCCAAGUCAAGGAUCCAGGCGACCCAAAAACACCGUUAAAGCACCUGCAACUCAUAGACGAGGCAUAUAGAUGCACGGGACUCUUACAGCUCUAUCGUGUGUUCCCCGACUUACUAAAAGAACGAUAUGCCCCGUGGGACAAGGACUAUCUACUUCGGCCAUUACCGUCCGACAAGACACCGACCGCUCAGGAGAGGCAGACAUGGUUGACCAAGCUUGCAAUGCACAUCUUGGGUAUUCUGAGGGAAAUACCGUUCGAGUCUCGGACGCGCAGCGCGCAGCCAUUCAUCAUGGUUGCUUGCUCAAGCGAGUUGAGAAGAAAUCCACAGCACUUGCAGUCUGCAUCUGUGGCUGCGGGCGACUUGGACGUGUUGGCAAUUGAUCCGGCUUCGAUCGAGGUCGCCCGGGCACGGAAGUUUGUGCUGUCGCGGUUGGCUGCCUACACACACAUCCUGCCUCUAAGGAAGAGCCGAGUAAUUUCGGAACUCAUCAAUCAAAUCUGGUCGGCUUUGGACAGUGGAAGUACUGAUGUUUACUGGCUGGACGUGGCUCAUGAGAAGAACUUGGGAACAAUGAUGGGAUGA